AUUUCUAAAUUAACCGUAAGCUUAAGUCAAACUCACUACUAUUGAAGUAAUGGUAAAGAUAUUUACUUUAGUUAAUAAUUAAUAUUAAAAUAUAUAUAAUCCAAAGUAGCGACUAAAUUUUUAAGGUCGUGAUCAAUCGAAAAUUUAUUCAUCGGUUAUGGAUCAGGAAGAAAAACGACAAGUUCCAUCAUUUUUGAAGAAGAUUUUGGAUGUCGAUGUUUAUUUAACAAAGGUUUUUGUUAAUUCAUUGGAAAAAUAUCUACCAGUGAGGCAGCUUCAAACACAUUACAAAGCAUUAGAGAUAUCAUGCCAUGGAAUACCUUGGAUUGCUUUGACAUUAGCUUCAAUAUGGAUUUUUCAUCUUACAUCACUUUAUCAAUUACAAGUCAAUCUUUUUAUUGGCUUUUUAAUUGACUUAUUAUUAAUUGCAAUAUUGAAAGCAUUAACAAGAAGAAGACGUCCAGCAGUUAACGAUGAUCCAUUUGCAAUAGGUCCUGAUAAAUAUUCUUUUCCAUCUGGCCAUGCCUCACGUUGUACAUUCAUUGUCUAUUAUUUUUUGUAUUUAUGGCCAUUGCCUAUCAUUUUUGUACCAUCAUUAUUAGCCUGGUGUACUUGCGUAUGUUUGUCUAGACUUUUAAUGAGACGACAUAAUAUAUUGGACGUGGGUAUUGGAAUAAUUUUAGGCAUUCUUGAAGGAAUGAUUAUUGGUUACAUGUAUUUAAGUCAAGAUACAUGUAUAAAUUUAGUUACUUGGAUUACAAACGAAAAAAUAGAUGACGUAUGAAUUAAUUGACCUUUAAAUAUUCUAUUUGUUAUGCUUUUCUAAUGAACCAUUUCUUUUUUCGUUUCUUCUUUCUUUUUUUUUUUUUUUUUUUUUUUUACAAAUUCUCUGUUACAAUUCGAUAUAUAUAUAUGUGUUUUUUUUAUGAUUGACAAGUGUUCUUCUUAAGGAAAUUAUAUGAUUCUUUAGUUUUGUCAAAUUAUUCUCUACCAUAACGAAUUUCUUUCUUUUUUUUUUUCUUUUUCUUUUUUAUUUAAUUCAUUAUCUACAUACGUGGACAAAAAGUAAUAAAAAUAUUUCAUAAUAUGAGACUGUAAAUUAUAUACCCUAUAUAUUAUGACUAGAUAUUUAUCUCGGUGUCAGUAUAGAAUUUAUAUAAUUAAAUCCUAGUCCUGAUUUAAUAGGUUUAAUUUUUAUCAUUUGUUAAAAACUAGUCUGCCACUAUUCUUAUAAAUUCUACAAUUUAGUAUCAAUUUUUUGAUGCAUCUAUUAUUGUACUCUGUAUUGAUAGAGUAUUAAACUAAUAUGAUAUUAAUACUGUAUAUGCAAUUAUUACAAUAAAAAUUAAGUACUAAACUAAUUAAGUAUAUUUAAAAGCAUAUGUGUGUGUAUGUGUGUGUAUAAGAAUCUUGAAAAAAAAAAGUAAUGAUCAUAAAGAGAUAAAAAUAUAAAUAAACAAUUAAAAGGAAAAAUCACGCGAGAAAAAGUUUUGUCAUAAAAACGCAAUGCUUUUUUUUUUUUUUUUUUUUUUUUAACAUAAUACGUAUUAAGAAGCAUUUGAACGGGAAUUAUUACCGUAGCAUCAAAUUCUUUAUUUCUAUCUUGUUUCUGAUAAAUGUCAUUUAUAAACGUUCCUCUUUUUUUUUUUUCUUUCUUUACCACAACGGUGAAUGAUAAAAUUUAAGAUCAAGAUGACCGUGCUGAUUGUUUCCAGUUACUUCUUGGCUGCACGAAGGGGAUGGUUUAACAGUUUUUUCAGUUUCUAUUAUAACAGGAGCGAAUGAUGUUGCUUCAUUAUUAGGAACAACUGUCGUUGAUAUAAUUGGUAAUUCAUUUGUAUGUUGCUUUUGAUCUUCCUCCGAAUACAAGCUUAAAGAUCGUGGUCGUUCCAGUUUUGUUGUAAUAGGAGAAGAGAUAAUGUCCUCGCUGAAAUAUUAAUCUCUCCGUGAAGACGCGGAAAAAUUAUUAAAUAUAAAUAAGGAACAUCAUGCAAAUAUUGUUUCGACAUACAAUAUAACAUUUCAGUGAUUUCUGAUUUAUUUUAUUUGACAUAAAAAAUUCAAGAACACACAUAUAUUAAAGGGGACAAAAAAGUUACAUAAAAAAUAAAAUUGCAAACAAAGCUUCAACCACCUUCUCUGAAGGCUUUAGAAAAUUAUCUAAUGAUAAUGUAAACGUAGCAUAGUUUUUAAAUAAAAAUUAUUAUUCAUUGGAUAAAUUUUAAUAGAGAUAUAUAUAUAUAUAUAUAUACCACCAAUUCUUUUCUUAAAUAUUAAUACAUUAUAAUCAAGAAUUGUUAUUAAUAAUGCAACGAAGAAUAUUUUACAAAUAGCCAGAAAUUUUGUCAGAAAUUUUUUUUUUUUUUUUUUUUUUUAUAUAUAAAGAUUGCACAUUCAGAGUACUGAUCCAUAAGAUAUUUUGCUAAACGAUAAUAAGCAUAAAAUUAUGCGAAGCGUGAAAAUAAUAAUAAUAAUAGUAAUAAUAUAACAAAAAAAAAAAACAGAAAAAAAAUUUGAAUGAGAUCGGUGCAAGUGAUUUUAAAUAUUAAAAUAUAAAUAUCACAAUUAACUAAUUAUAUACUAUAUGCAUGUGUAAAAAGACAUACACAAUUAAAGUGUUUGAAGUAUUUUUUAAGUGCGAGUAUUAACAAACAAUGCAUUUGAACGACAAUGUUUGUUUUUCAUAUUAUUUACGAAAUAACUUCUACUACAUAAAUAUAUUUAUUAUUUCCUCUAUCACCUUUGAACGUUAAUAAUUAAUUCAUCAAGAAUAAAUUAUUUAAAUAAAUAUAUAUGUUAACAUUUUGUAAUAAUCAAUGACUAUAUUCUAAACAAAAUUCACAAAGUUUAUGCCUUUGUUAUUUAGUAAUACUCAGGGGAAAAAAAAAGAAGAAAAAAAAAAAAAAAUAAAAAACAUAUAUAUAUAUGUUUUAUGCAUUAAUCUCACAAAAUUGUCAUGAAUUAAUACAUAAAUAAUGAUCUAGAUAAAAUCGAAAAAAGACUUUUUUUUUUCUUUGAACUAUAAUUUAAGAUGUAUCCCCCCCAAAAAAAAGAUAUAUAUAUAUAUAAUUUUUUUUUUUUUUUUUUGACAAUAACAAUCAUUUCAUUUAACAAUUCUGAAACGAAGUUUGUUACUUCUUUUUAAAAUAGAAAUGUGAAUAAUCAACUUUUGGCUAAGAGUCCUGAUUCUCUUUGAUGUACGAAAAGAGAAAAAGAAAAAAAAAAAAAAAAAAAAAAAAAAAAAAAAAAAAAAAAAAACAAAUAUAAAUUGUUUAACUAAAUAGUUUGUACAAAUGCUUUAGGAGAACGCACAAUAAAUUUCAAUCGUUGAUACACUUUUACUCCGAUUUUACUCACCCUGUACGUUCAAUUGAUUGACCAAGCAUCGCGGUAUUAUGGAUUAUCUAUAAAAAAAAAAAAAAAAAAAAAAAAAGAA